CAAGAACAAGAACAAGAACAAGAACAAGAACAAGAACAAGAACAACAAUUAAAACAAAAACUAAAACAACAAUUAAAACAACAGCUAAAACAAAAACAAAUAGAAAAAGCAAUAGAAAAGCAACUAAAGCAACAAUUGCAACAAAAACAAAUAGAAAAAUCAGAACUAACACAAGAACUAAAACAACAACUUAAACAACAACUUAAACGACAACUUAUACAACAAUUUAAACAAGAACAAGAAGAAGAAGAACAAGAAAAAGUAGAAGAGCAAGAGCAAGACCAAGAAAAAAUAGAACAACAAGAACUAAAACAAAUAGAAAAACAAGAAGAAGAACAAGAACUAAAACAAAUAGAAAAACAAGAAGAAGAACAAGAACUAAAACAAAUAGAAAAACAAGAAGAACAAGAACGAAAACAUGAAGAUAAAUAUGAAAAUGAAAAUGAACGUAAAGAUGAAGACAAAUAUGAAAAUAAACAACAACUAAAACAAAAACAAAUAGAAAAACCAAUAGAAGAGCAACUAAAACAACAGUUGCAACAAAAACAAAUAAAAAAACAAAUAGGACAACAAGAACUAAAACAACAGAUGAAGCAACAACUAAAACAAGAACUAAAACAAAAACAAGAAGAAGAAGAACACGCACAAGAACAAGUACAAAUGAAAAAACAAAAAGAAGAAGAAGAGCACGAACAAGAAGAAGAACAAGAACAAGCAUAUAAACAAAAACAAAUAGAAAAACAAGAACAAGAGCAAGAAGAAGAAGAAGAAGAAGAAGAAGAAGAUGAGGAAGAACCAGAACAACAACUAAAGCAAAAACUAAAACAACAACUAAAGCAACAGCUGCAACAAAAACAAAUAAAAAGACAAAUAGAAACGCAACUAAAACAACAGCUGAAACAAAAACAAAUAAAAAAACAAAUAGGAAAACAAGAACUAACACAAGAACUAAAACAACAACUAAAACAACAGCUGAAACAACAACUGAAACAACAAUUAAAACAACAGCUGAAACAAGAAGAAGAACAAGAAGAAGAAGAACAAGAAGAAGAAGAAAAAGAAGAAGAAGAACAAGAAGAAGGAGAACAAGAAGAAGAAGAACAAGUACAAGAACAAGUACAAGAACAAGCACACGAAGAAGAACAAGAACAAGUACAAGAAGAAAAACAAGAACAAGAAGAAGAACUAAAACAAAUAGAAAAACAACAACAAGAAGAAGAACAAGAACAA